UUACAACGUCAAUGUGACAAAUUGGUCCAAAAAGCAAAUAAUAAAACACUAAAAAUGGGGACCGAAACUAAAUGAACAUCAAAAAGCCCAGGAAAUAGAAUCACCAAAUAGCCACAAACAUCCCAUAACCACGGCAAAACCAAAACACCGUAAAAUGAACGUAAUGACAAAAGAAGAUAGUUAUGCAGAAAGAAGGCAACUUUUUAAAAAUAUUUGGGAAACGGCGAUGCAAAUGGACGAGAAGGACGCAGAUAACAUUAUGAAGAAACCAAAAGUUAUCAAAACUUUAAGGUUAGACGAAGUGGACAGAUGUUUCAUAGGUAAAGGAAAGAAAGAAAAAAUACGGACCUUAAGAACAGUUUGCAAAAAAAUAUUAGACUUUUGCGACAGACAAGAUGAGGAUGAUCGGUUUUAUGAGCAGGUAAUUGAAAAAAAGGAGUUACGCCAACAUAAACCAGAAUAUAAACACAAAAAAACAAAAACCCAUAGAGGAAGGAAAAAGGUCAAAUUGUCAAAAAGUUUAUUUGCGCCAUUAAAAUCUGUUGCUGGUCCAGCUAAACCAACGACUUCAGAAAGAAAGGAUGGCAAUUCUAGACAAAUUUCGAAUACAACCGAGAAUCAUUUGCCAGUUAAGGCAAAGAGACCUAUAACUGUGCGAAGGACUUUGGUUCGACACAAUAUAUCGAAGGUUAAGGCUGCUAUUAUUGAAGGAAAUAAUGCUGGCACUAGUCGCCGUAAGAUUGGUAAGAAAAAACGUGGCAAACGAAAAAAAUCAUCUGUUGUCGGUGGCACCAUUGCACCACCGAAACCAUCAGGUGCUUCAAAUAAUGUGCGUUACGUUUCUACUCCGUUGACAGGACAUGCGAUUGUAAGACGCAUAAAACAAGUCCUAACAAAUCAUAAAAUAGCUGUCACUUAGUCCACAUAACAGGUGGACCGUACCGAUUAUUUCUACAGGACUCUAUUGUGAUAUGAAUACCAGUCAUUAAUCAUUUUAACUAGUUCUAAAACAUAAUAAAGAUGCCAGUAAUUUUGUAUGUACCUAUUGUAU